AUGGUCAAUGGCGACCUUGUCUUGGCCGUGCGUUUCUGGAUCCUGUGUAGCACACUGUUGAUGAUCUACAUGCCGUCGCUCUUUGUGCGUAAGAUCUACCGAGAAAAAGCGGUCGGCUCUGCGUCCCUCACUCCCAUCUUUCUCGUGCUGGCCAACUCGCACGUGUGGAUGAUGUACGGGUACUUGGGUCGAACGUGGUUUCCCAGCUUCCCCGUCUUCCUCUUCGGUGACGUCGUUACAGUUUGCUACCUCUACAUCUUCUGGCGGUACUCAGAAGAUCGACGCCAAGUGGCCGAAACCAUUAGCGUCAUGUUUGCUUGGCUUGCAGUACCAACGUUCUACGUCAUUGUUGGCAGUCUGGGCCUCACCGAUCAGACACGGGCACAGGUCUGGAAAACUCACGGCUUGUGUUUCUGCGGCGUGACUGUCGUCAUUAGUCACCUGCUUAUGCUGAAAAAUCUACUGCGUGCAAUCUACCACCGAUCUGCUGCGUCUAUUGUGCCGCGGUCUUUGGCUGUGACUACUUUCAACACAUUUGGCUGGUUUACCUUCGGUCGAGUGACUUCGAACUGGAUCAUUGCAGGACCUCAAGUGUUUGUCAUUACACUCCACGUGGCUGCAUGGACUAUCUACGUCGUGUUCACGCGCCGACCCGGUUCAGAACAUGUCGUGUGUGGGAUGGAGGAGGGCUCCGGUCUGUCUAUCGUCGGUCCCUCUCCCAAGAUCGAUUUAGACGUGUAUGCUGGUAUGAAGGAGGCACCGACUUCUGGUAGCGUAGAAUACUGCUCUUUGCGGUCACCUUUACAGAAAUAA